UCUCGCUCUCUUUCUGUUGUUAGGGUUUUGGACCAGCUUCGGUGCCUUUUCUUUGUUUUUGAGCCACUUUCCCGCAUUGCUUGCAGAUUCUCCCUUCACCGCUACCAAUUUCCACCACCCACCAUCACCCACCACCUAGAUCGCUCAGUUGUUUCCCAUUUCCAGUUCUUCUCUCCACCUCCUGCAUUUGGCGUGUUGGGUGUUCAUCAUUAGCUUGGAGUUAGGGUUCGAGGUUGUGGUUUAGGACAGGAUUGAGCAGAGCAGAGUUGCGAGGCAGAGGAAUAGGGAGAAGAGGUGGAGGAAUUUGAAGAGAUGGCGUCGCAAGGGGAUACGAGUAAUCCCGAGAGCGUAGAGGAGCUGACGAUGAUGGUGAAGUGGUCGGGGAACGGGACGUUUGUGGUGCGCGUGUGCGCCGACGAUACGGUUGGCGAGUUGAAGCGCCGGAUCUGCGAGUUGACCAACGUCCUGCCCAAGCGACAGAAACUGCUGAAUGUGAGGGUGGGCGCCACCCCUGCGGUGGAUUCCAUGCUUUUGUCGCAGUUGAACAUCAAGUUGACCACCAAGAUCGUUAUGAUGGGGACUGUUGAGGAUGAGAUUCUGGUGGAGCCAGUGGAUGCACCCGAGGUUGUAGAUGAUUUCGAACUUGGUCAAGAAGAUACCGUUGACAUUAUGGACAGAGAAGUAAAUAAACAAAAAUUGAGGCGUCGAAUUGAACAGUUUAAGCUGAAUCUAAUCAAUCCUCCUCGACCAGGCAAGAAGUGUUUGGUGUUGGAUAUAGACUAUACCCUAUUUGACCACCGUUCGACUGCUGAGAAUCCACGCGAACUUAUGCGUCCUUAUCUUCAUGAAUUCUUGACAACGGCGUACCAGUUUUAUGAUGUCAUAAUUUGGUCUGCAACCAGGGAUGAUUCGUGUGGGGCUGUCAGCAUGAAGUGGGUAGAGGUGAAGAUGAAGGAGCUUGGUGUACUUUCGCACCCAGAUUACAAAAUUACAGCCAUGAUGGACCAUCUAGCCAUGAUUACCGUCCAAUCAGAGUCUCAUGGGGUUUUUGAUUGCAAACCGCUCGGUGUCCUCUGGGGAAAGUGUCCUGAGUUUUACAACUCUAAGAACACAAUCAUGUUCGACGAUUUGAGACGGAACUUUGUUAUGAAUCCUCAAAAUGGGUUGGUUAUCAAGCCUUUUAGGAAGGCACACAUUAACCGUGCUUCAGAUCAGGAGCUUCUAGGACUGGCUGACUAUCUGGUUGCAAUAUCUGCUUUGGAUGAUUUGAGCGAGCUUGAUCAUCAGCGAUGGAAAGAUUAUUCUGAUCAGCAUAAGAGGAGAAGGCGAUCUUGACUGGUUGCUGGUUUUCCCUGAAGAAUUGGCUUGGCUUGUAAAAAGAGACCAUCGCCUAAAUGCUGAAUUCAUGUAUUAAAAUGCGUGAUAUAUUGAAUUCACAACGUUUGGUUUGAAAAUUACAAGUUAACGAACCUGUCUUAAAUAUGUGUUUGGAUUACAGUUGCAGUAUUUCUAAUAAAUUUAGUAAGAACUUUAAUA